CGCUGCUGUAGCGGGGCUGCUGGGCUCUCACAACUACUACCACCAUUUCAGUCCAAAAUGGGCGGCGGCAGCGGUGGCGGCAGGAGGAGCCGUGUGGGCGCGGGUGCGGCCGAGACAGGAGUCGGCGGCCCCCUGCUUCCGGAGACGCAGUCCUUGCACGCACGCCUGGUUGGAUCCAUCUGAUGGCGCCUAGCUGGACGGUGGUUGGCAGAUGAGAGUAGACGCGAGGGAAACGCGCCGCUGGCUGACAGGCUUCCAAUUUCAUGCGCUCCAUAGGAGCGUGCGUGCGCUGUCUCUCACUCACGCUGCUCCGUCCCUGAUGAGAUGAGAUUGAGAUCACGCAAGGCAAGAGGGAGGAAGCGAUCGAGACGGCGACGAUGACGCGCCGCACGCUAUCCGAUCCCUACACUUCCUUCCUUUGACUCCUCGUUGCUGAGCUGCCUACUAUAUUUAAACAAAGAUGAAGAAUCGGGAUCAUCCAUCCACGAUCCGAAUUCCUCCUCAUUGACUGCCGCAGCCAGCGGCGAUCUGGUCGUCAUCAGUCCGUGCCGUGCGUGUCGCAGCGGCAUGUCUCCCCCUCCCACUGGCGGCUCCAAUGGCCGCCACCAGCGGCAGCAGGAGGCGGUUUCGUCCAUGGAAUCCGGCGGCGACGUGUCAGGGGCGGCGACGAAGCGCUUCACCUGGAAGGGCCCGGUAAUCGUCCUAGUCUUCGAGCUGCUGGAGAGCAUCGCCUUCUCGGGCGUGGCGCUCAACCUGGUGGUGUACCUGGCCACGGUGCUGCACGGCAGCACCGCCUUCAACGCCGCCCACGUCGACACCUGGAACGGCACCACCUUCGUCGUCCCCGUCAUCGGCGCUUUCCUCGCCGACAGCUACUGGGGCAAGUACAGGACCAUCCUCGCCUCCAUCGUCUUCUACCUCGUGGGCCUGGUGCUCCUCACCGUGUCCGCCGCGAUCCCGUCGCUGCGGCCCGCCACGGCGUGCCAGGUGGGGCAGCCGUGCGCGCCGGCGACCAAGACGCAGUUCUCCGUCUUCUUCGCCGCGCUCUACCUCACCUCCGUCGGCACGGGAGGGGUCAAGUCCGCGCUGCUCCCCUUCGGGGCCGAGCAGUACGACGACGACGCCCAACGGCCGGAGCGGAAGCAGGCCUUCUUCAGCUGGUUCUUCGCCGCUAUCAACCUGGGCAUCUUCGUCGCCGGCACGCUCGUGUCGUGGCUGGAGCAGAACGUGUCGUGGGCGCUCGGCUUCGGCAUCGGCACGGGCUGCUUCUUCGUGGCCGCGCUCGCCUUCGUGGCGGGCACGCCCUGCUACAGGGUGCAGAUGCCCACGGGCAGCCCGCUCAAGGACAUCAUCAGGGUGCUCGUCGCCGCCGUCAGGAAGCGCAACGUCAGGAUGGAACGCGACGACGGCGCUGCGGUGCUGCUGCACGAAGACGACGACGACGGCAACGGCGAGCAGCAUCGGCUGUCGCGCACAAAGGGCCUGCGGUGCCUUGACAAGGCUGCCGCGAUCGUCGUCAAGGCGGAGCAGGAGGGCGAAUGGUCCCUGUGCACGGUGAGCGAGGUGGAGGGCGUCAAGAUCCUGGUGCGGAUGCUGCCGAUCUGGGUGACGUGCGUGCUGUACGCGGCGUCGCUGGGGCAGAUGACCACCACCUUCAUCCAGCAGGGGAUGGCCAUGGACACGCGGCUGGGCGGGCGGUUCAAGGUGCCCGUGGCGUCGCUGGUGUCGGUGGAGGUGGUGUUCAUGCUCCUGUGGGUGGUGCUGCACGAUGCCGCCAUCAUCCCGGCGGCGCGGCGGCUGACGGGGCGACCCGGCGGCCUGACGCAGCUGCAGCGCAUGGGCGUGGGGCGGUUCCUGGUGGUGCUGGCACUGGGCACGGCCGCGCUCGUCGAGAGGCGCCGGCUCCGCGGCAUCCACGGCGGGAGCGGGACGAUGAGCAUCGCGUGGCAGGUGCCGCAGUUCGUGCUGGUGGCGGGCUCCGACGUCUUCUGCGGGAUCGCGCAGCUGGAGUUCUUCUACGGGGAGGCCCCCGCCGCGAUGCGCAGCAUCUGCUCGGCCUUCUCCUUCCUGGCGCUGUCGCUGGGGUUCUACGUCAACUCGCUGGUGGUGACGCUGGUGGCGGCCGUGACCAAGCGCCCCGGGUGGCUGGCGCCGGACCUCAACGCCGGCCACCUCGACUACUACUUCUGGCUCUGGACCAUCAUCAGUGUCGCCAACCUGCUGCUCUACAUGGUGCUUGCCGCCCGGUACACGCCCAAGCAGGUCGCCGCCGCCGUCGAGCCGAUGCGUUCCAGCAGCAGCGACGAAUGAUUAAUUAAUUGGGCACAUCGAUCGACUGCAACUUGAUCCGCUUACUAUACAGUGAACGAGACUGUGAGUGAAUGAUAUGGUCGAGUAGGAUACACUACACUAUACACCUACACUAGCAGAGACAUGGAUGCUCCCCCAGUUAACAUUUUUUUCAGAUCGACCUGUUAUUAGAUUGUGUUUAGUUCAGCUAGCUUCUGUAAAGUGCUUUUAUCGUUAAAAAUAGAAUCUCAAUUAAAUGGAUAAAAUCAGAAGGUGCUUCUUCAGAAACCGCUAA